GAGGAGGACUCGGGUCGGGGCGCCACGUGACCGCCCACUAUGGCGUCCUUGUGUCCGGGCCCGCCGUCCGGCGGCUCGGUGUGACUUGCUGGCUCCUUGCGGCCGGGUACCCCUCGCGAUUUCGGCAUGCAGAAAAUUAAGUCUCUCAUGACCCGGCAGGGUCCGAAAAGCCCUCCGGGAAGCCUCAGUGAUCUUGGUGCCAUAGAGAGUCUCCGGGUCCCUGGAAAGGAGGAAUUCAGGGAACUUCGAGAACAGCCAAGCGACCCUCAGGCGGAACAAGAGCUUAUUAAUAGUAUUGAACAAGUAUAUUUUUCUGCAGACUCGUUUGAUAUUGUUAAAUUUGAGCUGGAGAAGCUUCCACCUGUUCUCAAUUUGCAAGAACUGGAGGAGUACAGAGACAAAUUAAAACAACAGCAAGCUGCAGUCUCUAAAAAAGUAGCAGACUUAAUCCUUGAAAAACAGCCUGCUUAUGUCAAGGAACUUGAACGAGUUACCUCCUUACAGACAGGUCUUCAGUUAGCUGCUGUCAUCUGCACACAUGGGAGAAGACACUUGAAUAUUGCCAAGGAAGGAUUUACUCAAGCUAGCUUAGGCCUUCUUGCAAAUCAAAGAAAACGUCAGUUGCUGAUUGGACUUCUGAAGUCUCUGAGAACUAUAAAAACAUUGCAAAGAACAGAUGUGCGGUUAAGUGAAAUGCUGGAGGAGGAAGACUACCCAGGAGCUAUUCAGUUGUGCCUGGAGUGUCAGAAGGCUGCCAGCACUUUUAAACAUUAUAGUUGCAUAAGUGAACUUAACUCAAAGCUACAAGAUACUUUGGAACAAAUCGAGGAACAGUUGGAUGUAGCUCUUUCUAAAAUCUGCAAGAAUUUUGAUAUUAACCAUUAUACCAAGGUUCAGCAAGCUUAUCGACUUCUUGGAAAAACACAGACAGCGAUGGAUCAGCUUCAUAUGCACUUCACUCAAGCCAUUCACAAUACUGUGUUUCAAGUUGUUCUUGGUUACGUGGAACUGUGUGCAGGAAAUACAGAUACAAAAUUCCAAAAGCUGCAGUAUAAAGACCUCUGUACACACGUCACGCCCGACAGCUACAUCCCCUGCCUGGCCGACCUGUGCAAAGCACUGUGGGAGGUGAUGCUCAGCUACUACAGGACCAUGGGGUGGCAUGAGAAGCACGAUGGCGAGGAUGUGGCCGCAACCUCGGAAGGUAGUAAUAUGGAAGAAACUAAUUUUGAUCGUGGCUACGUAAAAAAGAAAUUAGAACAUGGACUUACACGAAUAUGGCAGGAUGUUCAGCUAAAAGUAAAAACCUACUUACUUGGAACUGAUUUGUCUAUAUUCAAAUAUGAUGAUUUCAUCUUUGUUUUGGAUAUAAUCAGCAGGCUGAUGCAAGUUGGAGAAGAAUUUUGUGGUAGCAAGUCUGAAGUUUUACAGGAGUCCAUCAGAAAACAGAGCGUCAAUUAUUUCAAGAACUACCAUAGAACACGACUUGAUGAACUGAGAAUGUUCUUAGAGAAUGAGACUUGGGAACUUUGCCCUGUUAAGUCAAAUUUCAGCAUCUUGCAACUUCAUGAAUUCAAGUUCAUGGAGCAGUCUCGUUCCCCAUCAGUCUCCCCUAGCAAGCAGCCAGUUUCCACAUCUUCAGAAGCAGCGACCUUGUUUGAGCAAUACUGUAGUGGUGGGAAUCCUUUUGAAAUCCAGGCCAACCACAAAGAUGAGGAGACAGAAGAUGUCUUGGCUUCUAAUGGGUACGAAUCUGAUGAACAAGAAAAGAGUGCCUACCAGGAGUAUGACAGUGACAGUGACGUCCCUGAGGAGCUCAAACGGGACUAUGUGGAUGAGCAGACUGGCGAUGCUCCCGUGAAAAGUGUUUCUCGAGAAACCCUCAAAAGCAGGAAGAAAUCGGAUUACAGUCUAAAUAAAGUGAAUGCACCUAUCCUAACCAAUACAACGUUGAAUGUAAUAAGACUCGUUGGGAAAUAUAUGCAGAUGAUGAACAUUCUUAAACCAAUUGCCUUUGACGUUAUCCAUUUCAUGUCUCAGCUGUUUGAUUAUUACUUGUAUGCAAUAUAUACCUUUUUUGGUCGGAAUGACUCAUUGGAAUCAACAGGACUUGGCCUUAGUAGUAGUAGACUAAGAACAACGCUAAACAGAAUACAAGAAAGCCUUAUUGAUCUGGAAGUCUCUGCGGAUCCUACGGCCACACUCACGGCUGCAGAAGAAAGGAAGGAGAAGGUCCCGAGCCCACACCUCAGUCACUUGGUGGUUUUGACAUCUGGGGACACGUUGUACGGCUUGGCGGAAAGAGUGGUGGCCACGGAGUCCCUGGUGUUCCUGGCAGAGCAGUUUGAAGCUCUGCAGCCCCACCUGGAUGCUGUGAUGCCUGCCGUCAAGAAACCCUUCCUGCAGCAGUUCUAUUCUCAGACAGUCUCAACUGCCAGUGAACUGCGCAAGCCAAUAUACUGGAUUGUUGCUGGGAAGGCCAUUGAUUACGAACAGAUGCUGCUGCUGAUGGCCAAUGUCAAGUGGGACGUGAGGGAGAUCAUGUCGCAGCACAAUGUCUACGUGGACGCACUGCUGAAGGAAUUUGAACAGUUUAACCGGAGGCUGAAUGAAGUUUCUAAGCGAGUUCGGAUACCCUUGCCUGUAUCUAAUAUACUUUGGGAACAUUGUAUACGAUUGGCUAAUAGAACUGUUGUGGAAGGAUUUGCCAACGUCAAGAAGUGCAGUAAUGAGGGCCGUGCCUUGAUGCAGCUGGAUUUUCAGCAGUUCUUAAUGAAACUUGAGAAACUCACAGACAUCAGGCCCAUUCCUGAUAAAGAGUUUGUAGAAGCAUACAUCAAAGCCUACUACCUGACUGAGAAUGACAUGGAACGCUGGAUCAAGGAGCACAGGGAAUAUUCAACCAAGCAGCUGACCAAUCUGGUGAAUGUUUGCCUGGGAUCCCAUAUCAAUAAGAAAGCAAGACAGAAACUCCUAGCAGCUAUCGAUGAUAUAGACAGGCCUAAAAGAUAAUAGACACAGCUGGUUUUCUCACUGGCAUCCAUCUUCACUCGCCAUAGAUGACAUGAAAGCCGAUGUUUUAUGCACUCCUUACAGCUGUCGCCUGAGAAGACUUGGUGCAUGUUUUUCAGCUGGAAAGUGCAGAAUGUCACAGUGUGUGUGGUUCACAAGUGACUUUGCAUUCUCUGGGCUCUUCCCUUCAGCUUCUGGCCUCGGUGGUUGUAAUCCCUUUCUGAGUAAUGUUAUUGCCUUGUCAUAGCUGUGGUUAUGUGACUACAAUUACAUGUUUUACUGAAGAAUGUACCAUAAGUAUAUAAGUAGAGAGCACCGUGGAGAAUGCAUUUACGUUGGCGUUUUCCACCCUCUGAACUUGGUUCUUAGUGCAUAUGAUGUGAGAGGGUUAAUGUACAGUUCUCCUAAUUAUGAGCACUGCAUGAGAAUUUAAAGCACGUGUAAGUAAAAUAGUUGAAAAAUCAGCAUAUGCUCUGUGAUUUUGAAUGUCAGAGUUUAUGUCAGGGUUAAUUUAGUUAUAACAAAGUGAUCAUUAAUGUUGAAAUUUAAUAAAUAUUACACUCUAAUGUGAUCAGCCUA